AAACCCCUUGCUCCAGAAAGCACCAGCUGCUCCAAACACUGUCCCACAAUUCCCUGGAAGUCUUGGGGCCCCACCCAGAGCCACGCUGGGUUUGACAGGAGCAGAUUAAACAAGAGCCCCUUGACGUGGCAGCACCUGCUGCAGUGGUGGGAGGCAGGGACAGCCCCAUGUUUGCUCUCCACCUGUGACUGGUGACUGUGAAGUUCAAGUGUUUGUUCUCUGAGCUGCACUCUUCAAAGUUCCCAAAUACGCUGUUACCAGGGGAAAUUCCAUCCAAGUCACUAAGCACUCACAGAAGAGACCAUUCCAGGGAUUCUUGCUGGCACGGCGAUUAUUUUCUUUGCAGCUUAGGGACCUGUGCACUCAGAACCACGGGCACCUCCACCUCAGCUGGUAUUUUAUGAGGGCACAAAGGAAAUCAACCUGAUCUCCUCCUCCAGGAGAAAAGCAGGGCAGGACCCGCUCAGCCCGCCCACUGCAGGAGGCACUACAAAUGCCUCUGUUCCACCGGCUGCUCCAGAGCUCUGCGCUCCAAGAGCAUUCCCACCUGGAGCCAUGGCAGCCCAGUGCCUUCUGCUCCUUGCUUGCCUGCUGCUCUUGGCUGCUCCAGGCCACUCUGUGCACACAGAAACCCUAAACAUCUUCAAGAAAUCUCCCUCCAAUGCUUCGGCAAGUGCUCUGAAGAAAACCAGUUGGCCCAGGGACUGCAGUGAGGUCCCUGCUGGCAGCCCCAGCGGUGUCUACAUCAUCCAGCCCACAGGACUGCACCCUAUCAUGGUGUACUGUGAGAUGGGUGAGGCAGAUGGGGGCUGGACUGUGAUCCAGAGGAACCGGCAGGACACGGAUAUCACCUGGAACGAGUCCUGGAGCACCUACAAGCACGGCUUUGGGAAUGUGCACACCGAGUACUGGCUGGGCACCGAGAACAUCCACCAGAUCACCAGGCAGAAGGUCUACCAGGUCAGGUUUGUCAUCUGGGAUGCUUCAAACAACAAGAGGUUUGCAGACUACAACCUGUUCAGCGUGGAUGAUGAGUCCCAGGGCUACAGGCUGAGGCUGGGGGCGCACUCGGGGACAGCAGAGGAUGCCAUGGAUUCAGAUAAUCCCAGGAAAGUCCACAACAACAUGAAGUUCUCCACAAAGGAUCGGGACCAGGACACCUACAGAGGGAACUGUGCCUCCCGCUAUGGGGGCGGGUGGUGGUACUCGGCGUGUUACUCCGUGCGGCUGAAUGUCAGGGGGAGCAUCACAUGGGGCAGGCUGUGCAAGGGGAACUGCAAAGCCUCUGCAAUCCUCAUCAAACCAGCUCCCUACCACUAGAACUCCUUCCCUCCUCUGCUCCCCCUGGGCACAUGGCCAGGCCAGUGCCCUGCGGGGCCCGUUUGAUGAUGGGGGCUGGGGGUGAGUAGGGUUGUUCCUCUAUAUCAAGAGCUGCUUUGUUUUCCUCUUAUCCUGAAAAAUAGCAAAGUUCCCUGCUCUGUCUCUGGCCAUUCACCUACAGUGGGUUUUGGGGGAUCAUUAUUAGCACACAUGUUUAUAAAAACUGCAGUGUCCAAGCAUUUUCCUUCUGGGGACAAAACUGUGCUCAGAAACUUAAAACCCUCCUGGUCCAGCAAGGUCUUACUCUCCCUCUGCUUUGUGGGUAUAGAUGUUUUCAGUAGAAAAAUAUCCAUCACUAGCUAACCUGACCUACACUGCACUGAGCCCCGGGCAGACCAUAUCUGCACCACAACCCUGCUGCAGUCUGUAUUCACCCUGCCAAAUAAAAUCACUUUCAGAUCUGCAUAGGUAUCCUUCAUUUGUUUGGGAACUCCUUGCAACUGCUCCCAGUUUCCUGCCAGGAGCAGACUUGAGGCUCCUGGUACAGCAGGAAACUGUUUUCAAAGGGAAAUUUUUU